AAUUCUUUCUGGCCAUUUGCCUUUUAAUAAUUAUUUUGAUAGAGAGUGUUUUCUUGUCGGUGACAAGAGCAUAACACAGUCACCAUGGGUACAGGAAAGAAAGAAGCCACUCGUAAAGAGCGGCAGGGGAAGGUCGGAGAUGGCAUGGGAAAUGUCAAGACCAAGGGUGAAAACUUCUACAGAGAUGCGAAGAAGGUGCGGACAUUGAACAUGUUCAACGAUGGAAAGGCGAAACAUGACAAGUACGGAAAUGUCACCCAAGCUGCUUCGUAUCAAUCGAAAGACGCCCCCACGGCACGGAUCGAGCCCAACCGUAAAUGGUUCGGGAACACCAGAGUCAUCUCACAGGAGGCUUUGUCCUCUUUUCGUGAAGCGGUUGCGGAGCGUGCUUCCGAUCCCUACCAAGUUCUGCUGAAAACCAACAAGCUUCCUAUGAGCUUGAUCCGGGACAGCCAAGGUGUCAAUGGGCUGAAGCAGCAUGAGGCCAAGAUGGCCAUCGAGAGUGCGCCCUUCAACGACACUUUUGGUCCCAAGGCUCAGCGGAAGCGUGUUAAGUUGGGUGUGUCGUCUCUCGAAGACCUUGCUGGUGAGACUGCAAAGGUGCAGGAUGCCUACAUCGAGAAGCAAGAUCAAUCGACGCACGAAGAUGGUAGUGCUGCUGUUUCUGGUGAUGUUCCGGUGGUUGAAGACGAUGGAACUGCGAGCACUGCACCAACCGCUCGGGAGUCUGUCUUCUCCAAGGGACAGAGCAAGCGUAUUUGGAACGAACUUUACAAGGUCAUUGAUUCCUCGGAUGUUGUUCUUCAUGUGCUCGAUGCUCGUGAUCCCGAAGGCACCCGUUGCAGAAGUAUUGAGAAGUACAUCCGCGAGGAAGCUCCCCACAAGCAUUUGAUCUUUGUACUCAACAAAUGUGACCUCGUACCCACAGGUGUUGCUGCUGCUUGGGUACGGAAUCUCUCGAAAGAUCAUCCUACGCUUGCGUUCCAUGCCUCGAUCAACAACUCCUUCGGUAAAGGAUCUUUGAUCCAACUUCUCCGACAAUUCUCGUCUUUGCACUCCGAUCGCAAGCAAGUUUCUGUAGGAUUCAUUGGAUAUCCGAACAGCGGAAAGUCUUCCAUUAUCAACACUCUGCGGAAGAAGAAGGUGUGCACGGUUGCUCCUAUUCCUGGUGAAACCAAGGUUUGGCAGUAUAUCACCUUGAUGAGAAGGAUUUACCUCAUCGAUUGCCCUGGUGUGGUCCCGCCCAACCAGAAUGACACUGAAACAGAUAUUUUGCUUCGUGGUGUUGUUCGUGUGGAAAACGUCGAGAACCCCGAACAGUACAUCCCGGCCGUUCUCAAAAAGGUUCAGCCUAGGCAUCUGGAGCGUACUUACGGUGUGAAGAACGUUGAGGAUCCGAUCGAAUUCUUGAGCAUACUUGCCCGCAAGGGAGGCAGGCUUCUCAAGGGAGGCGAACCUGACCUUGACGGUGUCGCCAAGAUGAUCAUUAAUGACUUCCUCCGCGGAAAGAUCCCUUGGUUCACUCCGCCGCCGCAUGGAUCUGGCCAAGAAAACGAUGGUAUCGAUGGUCGCCAAGGCAAGCUCGGAGAGAUGGGCCGGAAGCGAAAGCUUGAUGAGGCCGGUGCUGAGCCUGCCGAUGCCCCUGAGAAGCCCUCUAAAGAGUCCAAGUCUGCGGAGGGUGAGGACGACUUCGAAGGUUUCAGUGAUGACAACUCCAACGACUCCAUCGCAAACCUCGAAAUUAGCGACGAAGAAAGCGGAGAGGAGAACGACUGAGGUGUUUUCACUACUUCUUCUCCCCACUUUCGGAAAUCGAAACUAUCUCGCCCGUCUCGUAGGGCCGACUUCCUGUCCCGUGAUAGGGUUGCUUACGCCGCUCGUCAGAGCGUAUUCGUCCACCGAACAAGCUUCGUUCUACAAUUCAUAGCGGAAUUGAAAGCUGCUUCGACACUAGCGCCGAAACGAAUCAAUUCGGCCUCCGGAGUACCAAUUGCCAUUAUGAAUUGGCCGGACACUGGUCGACCAUAGACCGACACUUUGCCCACAGCAGAGUCUGAACAAUGACUCGGUCUGUGCAAGAUACUUGAAUAUCCAUAUUAGAUACCCACAAUCCAGAAUAUUAAAGAAGAUUCGUCUCUG